AUGGAUAAACGUGUGAACAAAUGUAAAAUACCUGCCACAAAAACAAUUGAAGCCACAAAGAAAGCCAAAGAAGCCAUGAGCCCAAAGAUUGCUCCUAAAGGCAAGAAAGACAAUCCAGGGCAAACCUCCUUAUUGUUAUUGGGUGUUAAAAAUAAGAAACAUUCUACUCCAGUGGGAAGCCCCAAAGGAUCAAGAGGAUCAUCCCGGAAGUCCAGUCCAAAUACAUCGAGACAGGGGAGUCCUACUUCCGGUGACUCGGACCCGGAUACGCCUGAUGGUAAACCAAGACGACGUCGUAGUUCUCCAAAACAAGUUGUUUCUUUGAAUCUCAACUCCAAAAAUAAUCCUUUACACCGAGACAAAGUCUUGGAAGGAAUCCUCCCUGGAGGGAAACCCGAUUUAUCCAAAAUCUCUAAACAGAAAGACGACGGCAUCAAAACGAGAGAGUCGACCCCAGAGGAAGAACACCCGGAAAGAAAGAGUCCAACGAUGGACGAAGAAUUCCGUCAAAAAGUCAAGAAAAUGGACUACAAUACAGUGUUUAUGUUAGCUCAAAGAACCAAAGGCCCCCAACAAUAUAAAUAUAGAAAAAUACUUCAGGAAAUGUACGAUGAACAAAAUAAAUCCUAA